GAGCCCGCCAGUGUGAAGCACGUAUCCGAGCCAGAGACUUGUGCUGCAGGGUGCCUACCCUGGCUCCUCAACCAUGGACUAGUAAACUCUCCGCCAGACUCGAAACCAGGAGAAGGCGAGAUGGAGGGGGCCUGGUUCAGAGAGCGGCUGCAAAGAUGUCGCGAGUCCCGCAAACUGGUGCUUGUCAUCGUCGCACUUGCCCUCCUUCUCGACAACAUGCUCCUCACCACCGUAGUUCCAAUAAUUCCGGAAUUCUUGUAUGAUAUCAAACAUCCAGACGCCCCCCUCACCGUAACCUUCGCGCCCAUCACAGAAACAAAUGGAACGGAUAUCAACAAUGCAACACUUAAACGAGAGGAGGCCUUGCGACAGGAGAGACACAAAGAUCUGGUGGAGGAAACGGUGGCUGUCGGCGUCAUGUUUGCAUCGAAAGCUUUCGUUCAACUCCUGGCUAACCCCAUCGUCGGCCCCCUGACACACAAAGUUGGAUACAGUAUUCCCAUGUUUACCGGUUUUAUCAUCAUGUUCCUGUCAACGUUGAUCUUUGCCUUUGGAAGAAGUUACAGUGUUCUAUUCAUAGCCAGAGCUUUACAAGGUGUCGGAUCUUCGUGUUCCAGCGUAUCAGGGAUGGGGAUGCUUGCGGAAAAAUACCCGGACGACAAGGAGAGAGGAAACGCCAUGGGUAUAGCUCUGGGAGGCUGGGCUCUUGGAGUCUUGAUCGGGCCCCCUUUCGGUGGAUUCAUGUACGAGUUCGUCGGCAAAUCCACGCCUUUCCUCAUUCUCUCCGCUCUAGCACUUGGAAAUGGAUUGUUACAGCUCUUACUUCUUCAACCGGGUGUGGUAAAAGCGGAUCACGACCCCCCGUCUCUAAAAGCGCUCAUCAUGGAUCCAUAUAUACUUAUAGCUGCAGGAGCUAUAACUUUUGCGAAUACGGGAAUAGCAAUGUUGGAACCCUCGCUUCCGAUUUGGAUGAUGGACACCAUGGGGGCCGGGCGAUGGAAGCAAGGGGUCACCUUCCUCCCGGCCAGUUUCUCGUACCUGAUCGGAACGAAUCUUUUCGGACCUCUCGGACACAAAAUGGGCAGAUGGCUUGCUGCUCUUUUGGGUCUUGUCAUAAUUGGCGCAUGUCUGAUUAUGAUCCCGUUCGCGAGGAGUAUAAACCACCUGAUCAUCCCGAACGCGGGCCUCGGUUUUGCCAUUGGCAUGGUGGAUAGCUCGAUGAUGCCAGCAUUGGGCUACCUCGUGGACAUUCGGCACACGGCCGUGUACGGGAGCGUCUACGCCAUCGGAGACGUCGCCUUUUGUUUGGGAUUCUGUAUAGGGCCUGCUCUUAGUGGGACUCUCGUAAACACGAUUGGAUUCGAGUGGAUGCUUUUCGGGAUAGCGUUCCUGAAUUUCGCGUACGCUCCACUGCUGUACUUUUUGAAGAGCCCGCCAACAAAAGAGGAGAAGAAGUCUCUGAUCAUCGGCGAGAAGUCAUCCGUGAGGUAUGUGACGUACCAGAACGAGGAGGACGACGAGUAAAACCCUCUGGACGUUCACGAGUCGUCGCUUCGGCCGCGGGAAAGGGCCAAGCUGGAACGGACGCCCGCCAAAUGACCUCAACCAGAUGACCUAUGUAAUUCGAACAUCGACGAAGGACUUUCUCCGGAAAUUGCUCGACGCACGCGAAAUCGGCGACGUUUCGAGAUCGUUAGAAACGUACCUUCCGUCCAGAAGAACGAAAUAUAUUUCCAAUCCACAAAUACGCGCCCUUGAUUUUUGGGCAAUCUCCCAUGGUGAUAGAAGUGGAGAAUGAUUACGAAAAGCCAUUGUGUAUCAUGGGAAAAAUACAAGAUUGAAUACGCCAUCUCA